AUGAGGGUAGAAGAAAGCUUGCUUCUAUUGAUCAAAGAAGCAACAAUGCAAAAUUUCUGUUAUGAAAGACAAAUUGAAAGGGGGGGACUAAAGAGAGGAGGUGACAAACAAUGUAGCUGUUGUAUGCAAUGCUCCGUUCCUCAUUCGCUCGCUUUCUCGCUCUUCUCAACUGUCCGUCUUCAGCCUUGGGCGUAUCAAUCUGUGGAGAAGGUCUUGUUGCAUUUCUCCGUUGCGCGAGCCGAGCCUUGGGAAGACCGCCGCCGUCUCAUGUCCGACGCUAAGGACCUCGGCCGAGCAUAG